ACUUUCACAUGAGCCUUCUCUUUACCCAUGUAUCGGUUUAUUAUUUAACGCUUCUUAUUACAUAGAAGAUUCAAGAAGAUAUUUUACCAUCACCGAAAACAGGGAGAAUCUGAAUUUGAUUUAUCCUGAUAUGCAAAAGUUAACAGCUGACAAUAAUGAAGCAUUCAAUAUGCAUGGUAUCAGAUUUCUUUUAUCCCAACAUGGGAGGAGUGGAGAGCCACAUCUAUCAGUUGUCGCAGUGUUUGUUAGAGCGAGGCCAUAAAGUGGUGGUCGUGACUCAUGCUUAUGGUGAAAAGAGAGGAGUGCGGUACCUGAGCAAUGGAUUGAAGGCAUACUAUCUUCCAUUUACUCCAUUUUAUAAUCAGUGUAUCCUGCCAACUAUAUUUACCACAUUCCCUCUGCUGAGAAACAUAUUCAUCAGGGAGCAAAUAACUAUUGUACAUGGACAUUCAGCUUUUUCAACUUUAGCCCAUGAGGCAAUGUUUCAUGCCAGCACCAUGGGCCUGAGGACUGUUUUUACUGACCACUCACUUUUUGGCUUUGCUGAUGCUAGCUCCAUACUGACCAACAAAGUCCUUCAGUUCUCUCUGUCUGAAACAAACCAUGUCAUAUGUGUCUCACAUACAAGUAAAGAGAACACAGUACUAAGAGCCAGCAUAAGACCUCAGGUUGUAUCAGUGAUACCUAAUGCAGUGGAUGGGACAAUGUUUACUCCAGAUCCAACCCAGAGACCCAAAGAUAAAAUGAACAUUGUGAUGGUCAGUAGGCUGGUGUAUAGGAAGGGCAUGGACCUUUUAGCAGCGGUCAUCCCACAGAUCUGCUCCAUGCACCAGGAUGUGCAGUUCAUCAUAGGUGGAGAGGGGCCAAAAAGAAUAGUUCUAGAAGAAAUGAGGGAAAGCAAUGAUCUUCAUGAUAGAGUCCACCUUCUUGGAGCUAUCAACCAUAAAGAUGUCAGAAAUGUGCUUGUACAGGGAGACAUUCUGAUCAACACAUCCCUCACUGAGGCCUUCUGCAUUGCUAUAGUGGAGGCAGCCUGUUGCGGGUUGUCAGUUGUCAGUACUCGAGUUGGAGGAACACCAGAAGUUCUCCCUCCUGACCUUGUAUAUUUCUCAGAACCCAGUGUCAAAGAUUUGGUUCAUACGUUGAACAGAGCAAUAGAAGACAGGAGAAGAGGAAAAUUUGUUCCUCCUUUUGAAGCUCACGAGAGGAUUAAAAAGAUUUACACCUGGAGAGAUGUAGCCAAGCGGACAGAAAUUGUCUACAACAGUGUGAUGAAUAAAGUACCAAAUGACUCAGGAGAAAGACUUGCAAGUUUCUACAAGUGUGGCCCUCUGUCAGGGAAGCUCUUUGUGAUUGCUGCUGUUCUGAACAUGUUUUUGCUUUGGGUAUUAGAAACAUUUUGGCAACCAAGAGAGGAUAUUGAAAAUACAAUAGAUCUGAAGCCAUUACAGAACUUCAGAUUUAGAAGACCAAGCGAAGAAGAGAGGACCACUAAUGACCAGUCAUAUGACUUGACUUAGUGCUGCUGUUGCUAUCAAUUCAUACCGUAUACAUGAAACAUUGAAAGUGAUUACAUGAGCUCUGUUUGUGAUCAACAAAGUUCUAAAAAAGGAGAAAAUCAAAAUAUAACACACAAUGCAUGUGCAAUUCAAUAAUAUAUUGAACUGAACAUUACUCAUGAUCUGAGGUCAGGAAAUGCAUUUGUUUUGAAUAUAUGAUAUAAUACAUUUGUUACAUUUGUAGAAUUUUUUGAAUAAACGUUUUUGAAUUUUAAA